ACUAACUAAAAAAACUGACAGAUAACCACAGAGUUUCAAACGAAGGAGACUCUACAUAAGAAGUAAGGAGUCAGACAACCGUAGCUUGGGAGCAAGGAGGUUUUGCCGGAGGUUGUAUAUUAUUAUAUCGCAUUCCGCCCCCGGCGCUCGGCCAAUGGGGCGUCGGGCGCCGCCCUCGCGCGGCUUCCUGCCGCACUUCUGUGCGGUUCUGCUCGUCCUGAAUGCUGAUCUGACUGCCUCCCGCCGGCCCGAGCCCUACUUCGGCCGCAUCAUCGGUCGACUAACCCAAUAUGCACACGGCAUCAGAGGCACGGUGUACGCCGUGGACGAGAGCACGGUGUUCGUGCGUGGGUUUGCCUACGAUGGCACCGCGCCAGACGCAUUCUUCUGGGUCGGCGACACGUCCCAACCUUCACCCGAAGGCACGCUUGUACCCUACCCGGAGGACUAUACUAGUCGUGACCCGCCCGUGCUGACAGCGCACAGCAACUCGGACAUCUUGCUGAGGUUGCCCGGAGGGAAGAGGCUGAGGGACAUUCGGUGGAUCAGUGUGUGGUGCAGACGAUUCACGGUCAAUUUCGGAGAUGUAUUCAUCCCACCAGGCCUGGACCCACCUCGGCCUCGAGUGUUGCCAGAAUUCAAACGCCUGGCUCACGGACUUCGAUCUGGCAACAUUAGUGUGUUGGACGCUAAGACGUUCUACAUCCCCAACUUGCACUAUGAUGGAGCAGGUCCUGAUGCGUACUUCUGGGUUGGGAACGGCAGUGAGCCUAAUCCUUUUGGAACCAAGGUACCAAACGAGAUGAACUCCCUAAACCCACUCCGCGGCUACCAAGGUGAAGACAUCGAGAUCGUUCUGCCCGGAAAACUGACAGCAUACGACGUAGACUGGCUGGCGGUGUGGUGCGUGGAGUAUAGACACAACUUCGGCCAUGUUUACAUUCCCAAGGACUUGGACGUGCCGCCUGCCUUGGGUCAGACGAAGAUCACUCCUGCUUGGUGGUAUAACCCGACAAGUUCAACAACCUCGCAGACUCCUUUCAGUGCAACUAACAAUUGUAAGGAAAUUCUGGAUAAGCGGCUGCAGGUGCGCUGGGAAAUACAGGGUGACCAUGUCCAAAUCACACUAUCAGCUCGUCUGCGCAAGGAGCAGUACAUGGCGUUUGGACUAUCUGGUGCGGAAGGACGGCCCGCCAUGUUGGGCGCCGACGUCGUUGUCGCUUACUGGGACAGCCGAACGAACCAACCUCGAGUGUCGGACUACACGAUAACCCACUUGGCUCAGUGCGACGGCGAAUUAGGAGUGUGCCCAGAUUCCAGACUCGGAGGAAGCAAUGACGCCGUUGUUGUAUCAGGCAGUCAAAAAGGCGGCAUAACAAGCAUAACCUACAGGCGUCCCCUCGCAGCAUCAGAGCCGGUCAAAGACAAGGAGAUCCUGACCACUCGCCCCCAAUCCGUCAUCGCGGCGUUCGGUCCUCUAAACUCGAGAUACGAAGCGAACGCCCACUCCUUUAUGGAUACCACUAGGACUGAUGUGCAAAUUGAUUUUGGAGUCCAGAACGAACACAACUGCAUCGGUCUAGCAGAGCUGGACGCGGGUGGGCCGGAGCCCUGGCCGGCUCGUGUACUGGUCGGCGUCAGCAACUUCACUGCCCGCAUUGGACCCGCUGGCGGCAAACGAGGAUACACGCCAAUUACUGACAAUGAGAUUUCAAGUGGAUUCCUUACUUACGGGCAUCCAUCAUGGGGCAUAGCGUGGUACAUCAAUGACCUACUGAUUCCUGAGAUAUACGUGGAACGCGGCAAGUCCUACAUCUUCCAGGUGGAGGGGGGAGACGACAGGACUAACCCAGCCAAAUUCCAUCCAUUCUACAUAAGCGAUUCUUCGGAGGGCGGAUUCGGUCAGAAGAAAGAGGAAGACCAGAGGAAGCAGCGAGUGUUCGCUGGAGUGGCCUACGACAAUGAGGGAUAUCCUUACCCCACUACUGUGGGUCGAUACUGCGAAUGGGUACACAAGACGGUAGACCAGUCGGCGACGUCAAAGACCUUUGAGGACUACAUGAAGACCUUAAAACUUGAAUGCAGUGAGGGGGAGCCGGCCGUCUUGAACUGGACCGUGGCGCAUGAGACUCCGGACCUGGUGUACUAUCAGUGUUAUACGCACAAUAAUCUCGGUUGGAAAAUUCACGUGGUUGAUCCCGGGACACAAAUCCACAUUCCUGGUGAUAAAAGCGCGAUCAUUAACUUGGCGCCAUUACCACCGCCAUCUUACUUUUUAGUAUCAGCGAUACUUGUCAUUUUGACAGCUCUCACGAGGUAAGAACGUUCGGAAACCUACCGCGAGCUCUGCUUGGAACAAAGGAGGAUGGAUUCAGGAUAUUUUUUAAUAACAAUUUUUAAAUUAUUAUCAAGUAUGUAUAUUUAAAAGAAGUUGGGCAUUUUACUGUAUUGAUGUUUGUAUAUUUUGAAUUUUGGUUUGCUAUUGCUUACCAGAUUUUAAACUUAAAAUGCAAAAAUUAUACUUACUUAAUACUUAGUUAAGAAAUUCAUAACUACAACAAUAAUAAUGUAACAAAGACAAUAAAUAACUUGAUUACAUAUUUAGGGUAUAUUUGAAACGUUUGACAAUAAAUGGUCAUAAUUUAGUAAUAAUUAUGGACAAUAAAUAUUUUUUAGUCUUAUAAAGAAUAUAAAUUAUACUUACUUAUAUUAUUUUAUUGUACUUUAGUAGGUUUAUGAAUAUACAACAUAAACGAUAAAAUAUCGUUUGUCAUUUAUUAAUUGAAAAUAUUGU